AGCUGCUGCCCCCCAAAUUUUGGCCUGCCACCAUGAGCGUUGCGCCCUUCGAGCGCGGCCUUUGCCCGGCAUGGAAGUCGGUCCGCCACGGCAAAAUUUCCUGGGAUGAGAAGACAGUGGGUGGAAAUCAGCUUCAAGCGGAGGGUCGCGACGACCACCAGGAGCCUCGCCGGCCUUGUGGCGGUCAAGGUGCGGGACUUGAAAACCCAGUAUCCAGCGGAGAAAGCAGAUCAACUGGUCCGAAAAAGAAAAGAGAACGGGCUGUGGUACUGGGAUGAGGAUUUUGAGGGCGACACCGAGGAAAUGUACGUCUACGUCAGGGACCCCAAAAAGAUCCAACAUUGGACUGAUUGCGAAGAGUCCGCUGAAGCCACCAUCAGGGACAGCGGCAAUGCGGAGUUGGCCAACGUCUUGCUGGAAGAAGGGGGGAUGUUGGGGCCAGGCAACAUGCCUGCUGUUGAUGCUCAGAACCAGAAAGCCCUGUUGAGCGCAUUGACGCCGGUGAACCCAGUGACGAAGCCGAAGCCGAUCAAAGCAAACAAAGAGCCCGAAGUCCUAAAGCCAAAAGAGGUUUGGGAGUGUGGCCAGGAAAAGCUGGAGAUGACGCUGAAAGCUGCUGGGGAAGCCAGGAAACACGCAAUCUCCCUUGGGCACGUCGAGUAUGGGGGGGCAUUGGUUUCAGAGCUGAUGGACUUCUCAGUGAAAAUGGAGCAACUCUAUUCUGAGCUGCAGCCGCUCGUGCUGUCGAAGGUGAAUGACGAGUCAAAGUACCAGGCAACCUUGAAGAGGAUCGAAGGGAAGUUGGAGUGGUUCAACAACAAGGCUAAGGCUGCUGCUCAAGCCCUCCAACGAGGCCUGAAAGAAAAAAAGGCCAAGGCGCCAAAGUCUGCGAAGUCGGCCAAAGCUUCUGGGGGUGAGAAGUCCUCUGCAGAGCCUGCCGCGUAGUUCCUAGGGCGCGCGGUUUCUUACAGCUGUGCCAGCAAAAUGCUGGCUGCAGUUAUGGGGGAAAGGCAAUCUGAACACGG